AUGGUAUCUUCUCUCCCCCAGCUACCCAUGAUCCUCACGGAGCUCCCAUACGACAUAAUACUGCUAAUCUGCAUUAACCUCGAACCAAAGGGUUUUCUCGCGUUCAUACAGACAUGUCGUGUCCUACACGCUUUCGCCUCUUCAGACUAUGUUUGGCACCAUAUCAGUCAUAACCUUCCACUUGACAUCCGCAGCGGAGAACUUGCGCAUAUCCCCGGGCCCGUAAUCAAGCAAAGUGUAAUCAGGGCGCUACAACUCAGCCGAAAUUGGGAGCGAAAGGUCUCAACAAUUCGACGGAUAACACGCAUUCAUUCACGAAACACUGUGAUCCACAUGCAGCCGCUGGAUAAUCGGUGGCUUGUAACUCUAUCUCGGUCUCCAGCUUCUUCAAUCCAUCUCUCCGUUUGGCGCCUAGAAGAAGCUGCUGGCGCGUCCGUUACACCGACCUGCAUUGCGUUAUUCGAACCUCUGCACGCGUUCAAAUUUGCUGCUUCACUGCAAGAUGACGGAGACAGUGUCCUCAUUUCUGUUCUUGGUGCCUCGCCAACACAUAAAGGAAGAUUGCUGACUGUCUACCAUCUCAAUUUAAAGGGCCGUAUAGAAAGCGGCAGUCAGAAUGGGACGCCAUACCUAAUGAACAAUUGGGUCGUGGAGAACCCUGGGGUGUUUUACUAUUCAGAAAUAGCCGGCCCAAUUGUGGCAGCUGCCGUCGUCCAUGUAUCCCAAGCAGCCCAUAGUCACCAAAUCGUUGUUCUCAAUACACGAACAAAUGUUACUGUUCUUAUCGACUCACCCAGUUUAUCGAAGUUCGAUUGUGGCCGACUUCAGUUCAGGAUAUAUUCCGAAUUCAUUGCUCUUGUUGGAGUUUACAACGAGCAAUUGAAAGUUCAAGUCCGGGAACUACCAAUGAAUAUCCUCUCAGGAGAACCAAUAUCUCAUCUCUCUCCCACCGACCUGAUCCCAGUGGAAGACUGGAAAUCUUCCGUCGUGGACUACGACACUCCGAGAGAUCGCAAUCUUGAGAUCUAUACGACAGCUGAGCCACUAUACCAGACGUCUUUGGAGUCGAUUUCGGUCAUGGUCGCCCAUUCGCCAUUCUCCACGAUGCAGAGGGGGAAAGUAAAUGUAUUCCAUUUCCCAGUCGACACCUCGAAAAGAGAUCAGAGGUUCUCUAACUGGGAGCCUGACUACACUUUCACAACACCCCCAAAUGUGACUUUGGAACCAACAUGCCUUGGGAAAACCGGUCGUCGAGCAGUAUGGCUGGAGCACCAAUGGAACACUGAUGACUUCCGGCUCAUGAAGGGUUCAUUCAUUCCUACCGGGGACGCGCCGCCCCACGCCGUCCUGCUUCGACCUGCGGAAAUGGCCUUGCCAUUUGAACCUCACACUUGCAGGUCACUGGCGUUCGAAGAAUCUAGUGGGAGAGUGUGGAUAGGGGUGCACACAGGGGAUAUCUACAUUCUAGAGUUUUAG